GGAGUGAGAGAGACCAUGGCCACCUCAGAGCUGAGCUGCCAGGUGUCCGAGGAGAACCGGGAGCGCAGGGAGGCCUUCUGGGCCGAGUGGAAGGACCUGACGCUCUCCACGCGGCCCGAGGAGGGCUGUUCCCUGCACGAGGAGGAUGCCCUGCACCGUGAGACCUACCACCAGCAGGGGCAGUGCCAGGCGCUGGUGCAGCGCUCGCCCUGGCUGGUGAUGCGGAUGGGCUUCCUGGGUCGCGGGCUGCAGGAGUACCUGGUGCCCUACCAUCGGGUGCUGCCGCUGCCCAUCUUCACCCCCACCAAAGUGGGUGCCACCAAGGAGGAACACGAGGACACCCCUAUCCAGCUGCGGGAGAUGAUGGCGCUGGAGACAGCCCUGGGCGGCCAGAGUGCCCAGCGCCAGGACGUGGCCGAGAUCACCAAGCAGCUGCCCCCCAUGGUGUCUAUAAGCAAGCCAGGGGCCCUCCGCCGUUCCCUUUCCCGCUCCAUGUCCCAGGAAGCCCAGAGGGGCUGAGAACCCUGGGACUCGACUGUCCCACGCCCAGCCUGUACCCAGCCCAUCCUGGCUAGAACCACAGCGGGGAGCUCUGGCCGUGGGUGCUUUGUAGU